AGGAAAUGAUGUAAUUUCACAUGACAUGGUCUUGUUGUCUUGCAGCCUUGUGUAAAGAUUAAGUCCCAGUUAGAUGUUCCUAUUAAAUUGAUCAACAAUAUGUCCGAAGAAGAAACACCUUUUAUAAAUGUGGAGCUAUUGACAACUGGACUUUCAUCCUCUGUGAAAUGUAGCACUCCUGAACUCUCCUAUUUAAACAGAGAGAACUUAGUGGGAAAGACUAUAGAGCUAUCCAGAAUAGAAUAUGACAGCUUUGAAACACAGAAGAUGCUUCGUGAAUCAGUCUUGUUCAAAUCUGGAAUACCAACUAUCUCUCCCAUAUCUAAAUUUGUAAACCCCAAUUAUGAAAGUUUUGAGGAAUCCCCUUCAAGUCCUGAGAAUACUCGGAAGCCUAGAAUUAUAAACAAUGACAAUUAUAAAAUAGGAACAAAAUCAUGGAAUACAGUUAUGUCAAGCAAAUCUACAUAUUCCAAAGGAGCAAAUCUCUCAACAAUCCUUGAAGAAAGCCAACAAAAUGUGGCUUUGUCAGAAACUGAACAGAUUCACAAGUCCAGUACUACAGAUGUCAUGGAUGACUCUACAGCUAAAGAAAUUGAUGUUGAAGAUGGCCAAACAAUACCAGCAUCUCUCAAACUGUUUAGUAAGAAUAAUACUGAUGAAAUCCUCAAAGACCAAUCCAAGUCACUUUCUCCGAAGUCUCCUGAGAGAGACUCAAGUUAUCUUGGGAAAUCUAUUAGCGUAAAGAAAAGAUAUAGGAAGAAAAAAAUCCCUAUUGAACAGAAAAUUCGGAUAAAAGAAUGGACAAUUCGCCAGCUAAUCAACAUUGAAGAAGCCACAAAGCAUGAACUAAUCGUAGAAGCUGACUAAUUGUGCAGAAGUGCAGAUGCAUCUUUGUAUUUUCAGUUAAUUCUAUUAUUAAAAUAAUGGACUCUGCCCAUGCUGCACUUGACUUGAAGAUACUCAGGGCCAAUUCAGAAUUCCUAAAAUAGGAAAGUGUUCUGUUUACUGGUGUUAACACUUUUUUGUUAUCAUGAACAUGAGAUUGUGGGAAAAGGCAAAGAAUGAUGCCCAUUGGAAUUAUUGCAUUUAUUAUACAUUAGAAUAAUACAAGGUCUUGGGCUAUAGUUAGACAUUAGAAGUUAGUUGUAGUUCAGUAGUUAACAUAUUUUGCUUGCUGCAAAGGAUGCAAAAAGGCUAUUUUUCCUUUUGUGAAUGGUACAAGUAAAUAAAUUACAAUAUUCAGCAGCCAUUCCUUUUCAAAGUUGUUGGCAGUCUCUUUAAAUUUAAAAUCCAAAUUGAGAUUAGUAAUCAUUUCACAAGACAGAUAAAAUCAGUUUGAGGCCUGGUAAUUUUCAGAGAUGUUAAAUCCAUCUGAUCCUAUUCAAGUUGCUAUAGUGGAUGCGACUCUCUGGAUUCAUACCCAUUAAAUAUGGAUUAUGCUUUACACAUUUGAAAACUAGACACAAAAUGAAUGCAUGUAUGAUUAAGAGAUGAUUGUUAAGCUAAAAUGAGGAUGUAGGAUUUCACUAAUUAGAUUUUUUUUUAAAAAAAUGGCAAUGCAAGCAGUUAUCUACUUGUGUAAUUUUCCUUACCAAUUAGUAGUGACUCAAACUACAAUUUACACUUGGAUGUUCUUUUGAUACCUCAGUCCUAUGAUAUAACUAUCCAUAUUGUUUUGCUUCACAAUGUAUUUUUCUGCUAUUGCAGUAAAAUAAUUCAUUCAGAAAUA